ACUAGUAUUUAUGACUGCCUCCAGCUGUGCUUGUUUGUUGAUUAUCGUUUUGCCUCUUAUCACACUAUUUGUGCACUGUCAUCGGCGUUUUGCUGAUCCUAGGUAGUGAACAGUUAGCCAGCUACGGCAUCUUUGAGAGAAGAGAAUGGCGAGUGCAGAUGGGAGUAAACUGUGGGGAGGUCGGUUCGUGGGUGACACCGACCCGAUCAUGGAGAAAUUCAACGCGUCCAUCGCCUAUGACAAGCGGAUGUGGGACGCAGACAUCCGUGGCAGCAAAGCGUAUGCCAAAGCCCUGGAGAAGGCCAAGCUGGUCACUGCAGAGGAGAUGGACAAGAUCCUACAUGGGAUGGACCAGAUCCAUGAUGAAUGGUCCAAAGGUGUUUUUGAGGUCAAGCCUGGAGAUGAGGACAUCCACACAGCCAAUGAGCGCAGACUAAAGGAGCUGAUAGGUGAACCAGCUGGGAAGUUACACACUGGUAGGAGCAGAAACGACCAGGUGGUAACAGACAUGAGGUUGUGGCUGAGGGAUGCUAUCUCCAUUGUUAAGGGAAACGCUCUCCAACUCAUCACAACCAUGGUGGAGAGAGCAGCAGUAGAGAUUGACGUGCUGUUUCCUGGGUACACCCACAUGCAGAGAGCUCAGCCAAUCAGAUGGAGCCACUGGAUUCUGAGUCACACGGUGGCCCUGAGCAGAGAUGUGGAACAGCUUCAGGAGAUCAAUAGACGAGUCAACGUGCUCCCCCUGGGCAGUGGAGCAAUAGCUGGAACUCCAUUCAACAUCGACAGGGAAAUGCUGCGUCAAGAGCUGGCCUUUGAUGACAUCAGCAUCAACAGCAUGGACGCCACAGGCCAGAGGGACUUUGUUGCUGAGUUCUUGUUCUGGGCGUCUCUGUGUCUGACGCACCUCAGUAAGAUGGCAGAGGACCUGAUGCUCUACAGCACCAAGGAGUUCUCCUUCCUCACACUCUCCGACGCAUACAGCACAGGCAGCAGUCUGAUGCCUCAGAAGAAGAAUGCUGACAGUCUGGAGUUGAUCAGGAGUAAAGCAGGCCGUGUCUUUGGCAGAUGUGCAGGCUUUCUGAUGACCCUGAAGGGCCUGCCAAGCACCUACAACAAAGAUCUGCAGGAGGAUAAGGAGGCCAUGUUUGACUGCUAUGACACGGUACACGCUGUGCUGCAGGUCACCACAGGUGUCAUGUCCACUCUAAAGAUCAACCCCAGUGUGAUGGAAGCUGCCCUCAGUCCUGACAUGCUGGCUACUGACCUGGCCUACUACCUCGUCAGGAAGGGGGUGCCGUUCAGAGAGGCUCAUGGUAUCUCAGGUAAAGCUGUGUUUCUGGCUGAAUCCAAGAACAUUCCCCUGAACCAACUCACUGUGGAGGACCUGCGGACUGCCAGCCCUCUGUUUUCCAGUGAUGUGUCUGCGGUGUGGGACUACAGUAGCAGUGUGGAGCAGUACAGCGCCCCUGGUGGCACAGCCAAGAGUAGCGUGGCAGCACAGGUGGAGCACAUGAGGACCUGGCUGAAGAAACAGGUCCUGUGACCUCUCCUCCUCACCGCUUACCUUUAACCUUUGACCCCAACAACAACUUCUAUAAGCAACAGUGGUCAAAUGGAACUCUGGGGUGUAUCCUAACUUCCAAUUUAGUUAGGAUUUGCACCCCAGUGGUAAAGAACCAUUGUUUGCCUUCUAGAACACUCUCCAGUGUUCUCUACAUUCAGUGUCUACUCUAGAAAACAAUGGGUCCAUUCUGUAGGACUGCCUUGUUGCUCAGGUCAUGUAAAGUGCCUUUAAAAUACCGGUAGACAAUGUAGUUGUUGAUGCCAUGGUUACUGCUUUAGAUCUAUUUAGAAAAAUGGGAGGUAAAAGCUUUAGUACAUUUAGAUAUAUUAUCCUCAAUAGUAGUACAACUAUACAUUUCAGACAGUUCAUACCUUUUUGUCUUAAUGUGUUGAUGAUUGAUUAAAUGUUGCUUAUUUACAAAA